AUGAUGCCCCGUGAGGGGGAACGAGGAGGAGGAGGAGGCGAAGGCGGCGGUGGGGCUUACAGAGGAGGCCCGGCCUCGAACGGGCGGGGGGGUGGAGGUUCUUCUGCGUGGAGAGGUGGAGAUAGAGGUGUUGGUUCAGGUGUAUCGGCAGGUGGAGGCGGCCCUCAUGAUGAAGGAGAGGCAUAUGGAAGUGAAGACAGUCGGUGGCAGCCUUGGCGAGGAGGUCGGGAGCCCCACGGGGGGUACAGAGGCGCUGGCGAGCGAGAUAGAAGAGAAGGAAGGCCUCCUCCUCCUCCUUUAUCUAGAGGGGGUUAUGAAGGUGGAGGUGGUUAUAGAGAUGAAGAUAGAGGAAGAGACAGAGGUGGUGAGGGGUAUAGAGACGACGACAGAGGUGGACGGGAUCGUGGGGGGUACCGUCCCCGGGAUCGGGAUCGGGAUCGAGGUGAAGGUGGUGGUUAUUAUUCUUCUGGGGGUUAUUACCGCGACUAUCGACGCGAGCGAGGAGGUGAUCGAGGGGGUUCAGGUGUACAGACAUCAGCAGAUCGUCAGCAUCGGUCUCCUUCAAUUCCUCGGCCUUCUUCUACAUCUCGUGGAGGUGAAAGAGGGGGAGAAGGGGGUCAAAGGAAGAAGAGGUUAAAUAGAGAUAUAAGCACUUCUCGAGAGAGAUCUCGUAGCAGAGAAAGGCGUAGACGACGACAACAAGCCGAGUGUAUACGUAGGGCAGGAGGAUUUCAGAAGUUAGCUGACAGCGAAGGGCAUGAGCCGAUUCGUCUGUUCUGGGACGGCUUUCAGUGGGUAGCUAAAGCAGCAGGAGCCUUAGGGCCGCAGCAGCUUGAUGCAGCAGCAAUGAACAGCACUCGCAAGCUGCGUCGCUUAUAUUUCGGCAACUUACCUCUGCAUGCAGGGCUAACAGAGCAAAUGUUUCAAGAGAUGGUUUGGGAGGAGAUGAAGAUAAGAGGGUUUUGCUCAAACCCUAAUGUUAAUCCUGUCUUAUAUGUCUGGUUCGCAAAAGAUAAGGGUAAUUACGGGUUCGUUGAAUUCACAUCUGUAGAAGAAACAGAAAGAGCGCUUACUAUGGACGGCAUGCUCUGCUUAGGGGUCCCUCUAAAGGUCUCCAGGCCUAAUGAUUAUACAACAACUUCUUCAGCUCAAACGCAUGCAAUGACUGUCAUGGGGCAGCAAGCUGCUGCUAUUCUACUCGGAGGAGCUGCUGCUGCUGCAACCCCACAACCCCCGCAACCCCCACCAGGACCGCCUCCAGGGACGUCUCGUUACAUGCGAAUAAUUCAAGUGGUGGAGACGGCGAAGAUUCAGAGCUCAGAAGACUACGAAGAUAUAUACGAAGAUGUUAAGGAGGGCUGUAGCAAAUUCGGCGAGGUGGUUGGGGGCGUUAUAAUAACACCUGAUAAUAGAGGAAGCUCUCCUUAUCUUCUUUGCGAUGUUUUGUUUGAAUUUGCUACAGCAGAAGCUUGCGACAAUUGUAUAUCUAAUAUGAGUACAAGAAGAUACGAAGGCAAACAGAUUACCGCUAUCCGUCUCGAUGCAGAAGAAGUAGAAACCUUUGUUAUUCCCCUUAUUAACAAACAUAAAUAA